GGAGGCGGGGGGGGGGCGGUGAGCGAGGCGGCGCGGCGGGCGCCAUUUUGGCGCGGCGGCGCGGCGGCCGGGGCGGGCGGAGCGGCGGCGGCCGGGGCGGGCGGGCCGCGGAUGGCGGCGGAUCGGCGGCGGCGCCGCGGCUGAGGCGGCGGCGGCGGAGGCGGGAGCGGGCAGGCGCCUCCCCUCGCCCCCGCCCCCCUCCCGCCUCCCCCCUCCCCUCCCGCCCAGCAGCGCCCCUCGCCGCCCCACCGGCACCGUGGAAGUGGAGUGCGAGGAGGAGGAGGAGGGCCCAGCGCACGCAGGCGGUUCGGCGCCCGGCGGCCCGGAGCGCAGGCUGGGCCGCCAGGGCACCCAGGAGCUGGACGGCCCGGCCCGGCGGCCGCCCGAGCAGCAGGAUGAGGCCGCCCCCCCGCCCCCCCGCGCCCCCCCCGCCCGCCCGCCGCAGCGCCCCGAGGUGACCGUCACCCCCCCGCCGCCGCCGCCGCCCCCCCCCGCAACGGGCGCCAUGACGGGCGGCGAGCCCGUGUCGCCCGCCUCGGCCGGCUCCCCCGCCGCCCCCCCCGCCGCCGCCGCCGCCGGGGGGGGGUCGCUGGACGCCGCCGCCGCCCCCCCGGAGCCCCCCAGCCUCUGGGACCGCACGCACGCCGAGAUCGCCGAGCAGGCCAAGCACGAGGCCGAGGUGGAGCACCGCAUCGCCGAGAUGAAGCGCGAGGGCUUCUGGUCGCUGAAGCGGCUGGCCAAGGUGCCCGAGCCGGCGCGCCCCAAGGUGCACUGGGACUACCUCUGCGAGGAGAUGCAGUGGCUGGCCGCCGACUUCGCCCAGGAGCGCCGCUGGAAGCGCGGCGUCGCCCGCAAGGUGGUGCGCAUGGUGCUGCGGCACCACGAGGAGCAGCGGCAGCGGGAGGAGCGGGCCAAGCGCGAGGAGCAGGCCAAGCUGCGCCGCGUCGCCGCCUCCAUCGCCCGCGAGGUCAAGCACUUCUGGAGCAACGUGGAGAAGGUGGUGCAGUUCAAGCAGCAGUCGCGGCUGGAGGAGCAGCGGAAGAAGGCGCUGGACCUGCAGCUCGACUUCAUCGUGGGCCAGACCGAGAAGUACUCGGACCUGCUGAGCCGCAGCCUCAACGCCCCCCGCGCCCCCCCCGGGCGGCCCCCCCGGCCCGACGACGAAGACGGCGACUUCCAGCCGCACGAGGAGUCGGACGACGAGGCCACGAUCGAGGCGGAGGAGCGGCAGGAGGGCAACGACCGCGAGAGCCGCCGCCGCGAGCUGGAGCUGCUCAAGCGCGAGGGCCAGCUGCCCCUCGAGGAGCUGCUGCCCCCCCAGCUGCUGGCCCGGCCCCCCCAGCCGCCCGCCCGCUCGCCGCCGCCGCCGCCCCCGCCGCCGCGCCGCCCCCGCCGGCCCUGGACGCCCCGGCAGCGCCGCCACGGCUCCGCCGCCCGCCGCCGCCACGCCGAGGACGAGGAGGAGACCAUCGCCGCCCAGGAGCGCCUGGAGGGCGACGUGGACCACAAGAAGGAGCUGGACGACCUGGCCCGCGAAGGGGCGCUGCCGAUGGAGGAGCUGCUGCGUCGCUACGCCGGCGCCUUGGGCGACUCCGCCAGCUCCGGGGCCCCCUCCGAGCCCGGCUCCGCCCCCGGCUCCGCCCCCGCCUCCGGCUCCGCCUCCCCCGGCUCUGGCUCCGCCUCCCCCGAGGACGCCAGCAGCACCCGCUCCGACUCGCCGGCGGCCGAGAGCGAGGAGGAGGAGGAGGAGGAGGAGGAGGACGAAGAGGACGACGAAGAGGACGACGAAGAGGAGGAGGAGGAGGAGGAGGAGGAAGACGAGGAGGCCGAGGAGAGCGAGGGGGAGGCGGCGGCCCCCCCCGGCGCCCGGGAGGACCGCGGGGAGGACUGCGGCGUGGCCUACCUGCUGCAGGGCGACGAGGGCGCCCCGCCCCCCGCCCCCGCCCCCGCCCCGACCCCCACCCUGACCCCCACCCCCACCCCGGGGCCCAAGGCCGAGAUCACCGACAUCGCCGCCGCCGCCGAGAGCCUCCAGCCCAAGGGCUACACCCUGGCCACCACCCAGGUGAAGACGCCCAUCCCCCACCUGCUGCGGGGCACCCUGCGCGAGUACCAGCACAUCGGCCUCGACUGGCUGGUCACCAUGUACGAGAAGAAGCUCAACGGCAUCCUGGCCGACGAGAUGGGGCUGGGCAAGACCAUCCAGACCAUCUCCCUGCUGGCCCACCUGGCCUGCGAGAAGGGCAGCUGGGGCCCCCACCUCAUCAUCGUGCCCACCAGCGUCAUGCUCAACUGGGAGAUGGAGCUCAAGCGCUGGUGCCCCAGCUUCAAGAUCCUCACCUACUACGGGGCCCAGAAGGAGCGCAAGCUCAAGCGGCAGGGCUGGACCAAGCCCAACGCCUUCCACGUGUGCAUCACCUCCUACAAGCUGGUGCUGCAGGACCACCAGGCCUUCCGCCGCAAGAACUGGAAGUACCUCAUCCUCGACGAGGCCCAGAACAUCAAGAACUUCAAGUCGCAGCGGUGGCAGUCGCUGCUCAACUUCAACAGCCAGCGGCGCCUGUUGCUGACGGGGACGCCGCUGCAGAACAGCCUCAUGGAGCUGUGGUCGCUCAUGCACUUCCUGAUGCCCCACGUCUUCCAGUCGCACCGCGAGUUCAAGGAGUGGUUCUCCAACCCCCUCACCGGCAUGAUCGAGGGUAGCCAGGAGUACAACGAGAGCCUCGUCAAGCGGCUCCACAAGGUGCUGCGGCCCUUCCUGCUGCGGCGGGUGAAGGUGGACGUGGAGAAGCAGAUGCCCAAGAAGUACGAGCACGUCAUCAAGUGCCGCCUGUCCAAGCGGCAGCGCUACCUCUACGACGACUUCAUGGGCCAGGCCAGCACCAAGGCCACCCUGGCCACCGGCCACUUCAUGAGCGUCAUCAACGUGCUGAUGCAGCUGCGCAAGGUGUGCAACCACCCCAACCUCUUCGACCCCCGGCCCAUCCACUCGCCCUUCAUCACCGAGGGCAUCUGCUUCGUCACCGCCUCCCUCGUGCUGCGCGCCCUCGACCCCGACCCCUUCAAGCAGGUGGACAUGGGGCUCUUCGACCUGGUGGGGCUGGAGGGGCGGGCGUCGCGCUACGCCGCCGACACCUUCCUGCCCCGCUGGCGCGUCACCCGCCGCCUCCUCGAGGACGUGGCCGCCGCCCCCGACCCCCCGCCCCGGCCCAAGCCCGUCAAGAUGAAAGUCAACCGGAUGCUGCAGGCCCCCCCCCGGGCCGAGGGGGGCCGGGCGCUGGGUCCCCCGGGGCCCCGGCCCCCCCCCGCGCCGCCGCCGCCCCCCCCGGCGCCCCCCGGCACCCCCCUGGCCCUGGGGCUGGGGCUGGGCCUGGCCCUGGCCGCCCCCCCCCGGCCCCCCCCGGCCCUGCUGCCCCCCCUCGCCCCCGCCGCCCCCGCCCACGUGCUGCCGCAGCUGCCCGGGGCCCCCCUGGGUGCCGCCCGCCCCACCCCGGCCCCACCCCCCACCGCCGCCACCCUCCAAGCGGGGCCGGGCACCGGGGGGGGGCCGGGGCGGGCGCCGGGGGCCCCCCCGCCCCCACCGCCCCCCGCCAAGGGGGGCCCCGGCACCCCGCUGCCCGCCUACGCCUUCCCCGGCACCGGCCCCCAGCGCCUGCUGCUCUCGCCCGACAUGCAGGCCCGCCUGCCCUCCGGCGAGGUGGUGAGCAUCGCCCAGCUGGCGGCCCUGGCCAACCGGCCGCUGGCGGGGGGGGCGCCCCCCCCCGCGAAGCCCCUCACCUUCCAGCUGGCCGGCAGCAAGCUGACGCUGGCCGGGGCCCAGCUGCGCCACGUGGCCCUGGCCCCCCCCCGGCAGCUCCCACGUGCCCCCCACCCAUGGGUGCCCCCCCCCACCCUUGGGUGCCCCUGGGGGGGACACGGGGGGGGUAAGGGGGGGAUGUACCCAGAAACGGGGGGUCCCAGGGGGCCCUGGACCCCCCCCGGCAGCUCCCACGUAGGUGCCCCCCACCCAUGGGUGCCCCCCCCACCCUUGGGUGCCCCUGGGGGGGACACGGGGGGGGUAAGGGGGGGAUGUACCCAGAAACGGGGGGUCCCAGGGGGCCCUGGACCCCCCCCGGCAGCUCCCACGCAACGUGCUGCACCUGGUGGCGGCGGGGGGGCCCCACCCGCUGCUGAGCCCCCCGGCGCAGGUGGCCCUGAUCCAGGCCGUGGGGCCCCCCCCCGCCGCCGCCGCCCCCCCGCCCCCCCCGCCGGCAGCACCCUUGGGCGUCCCGGCCCCCCACCCGGCCGCCGCCACCCUGCUGCCCCCCCCGGCGCCCGCCCCGGCCCCCCCGGCCGCCGCCGCCGCCCCCCCGCCGCCGCCGCCGCCCCCCCCGCCGCCCCCCCCGCCGCCGCCAUCGGCGUCCCCAUCGCCGCCGCCCAAGUGCCGCCGUCGCUGGUGAACAGCUCCGGGGUGGUGAAGAUCGUGGUGCGGCAGGCGCCCCGCGACGGCCUGGCGCCCCCCACCCUGGGGCCCCCGGCGCGGGUGCCCCCCACCCACCCCGCCGCCGGGGCCCCCCCCGCCGCCGCCGCCGGGGCCCCCCCGCUGCUGCCCCUGCGGGCGCCCGCCCCCCUGCAGGCCCUGGGGCGGCCCCUGGUGCGGGUGCUGCCCGCGCCCCCCCCCGCCGCCGGCGCCGAGACCCCCGCUCCAGCACCCACAGUCCCAGCACCCAUCGCCCCGGCGCCCGUCACCGCGUCGCCCGUCACCGCGUCGCCCGUCGCCGCGUCGCCCGUCGCCGCGUCACCCAUCGCCCCGGCGCCCGGCGCCCCGACGCCCGUCACCGCGCCGCCCGUCGUCCCGGCGCCCGUCACCGUGUCGCCCGUCACCGCGCCGCCCGUCACCGCGCCGCCCGGCGCCCCGGCACCCCUGGGUGCCCGGGAGGAGCCGGAGGGGCUGACGCUGCGGGCGGGCACCCCGCCGGCCCCCGCCCCCCCCGGCCCCCCGGCCCGGCCCCGCCGGCAGCCCCCCCCGCCCCCCCGCUCCCCCUUCUACCUGGAGCCGCUGGAGGAGAAGCGCCGGCGGCAGCGGGCCGAGCGCCUGGAGCGCCUGGGCCGCCUCAACGCCCAGCACUGCGGCCUGGCGCCCGUCUACGGCGCCGAGGUGCUGCGCCUCUGCACCCUGCGCCCGGACGCCGGGGCCCCCCGCGCCGCCCCCCACGCCUGGGCCGGGGGGGGCCUGGCCCGCUGCCGCGCCGCCCAGCUGCCCCCCCGGCCCCGGCGCCUCGAGGCCUUCUGGGAGCGCGGCGGCGCCCUGGCCCGCGCCAUCCUCACCCCGCCGCAGCGCCUCGAGCAGCUCGCCGACCUCAUCGAGAGGUUCGUGUUCGUGCUGCCGCCGGUGGCGGCGCCGGCGGUGGCCCUGCACGCCUCGCACCCCGCGCCCUGGCGCCAGCGGCAGCGGGUGCUGCUGGAGGAGCGGCUGCGGCGCGAGCUGGCGCCCCGGGCCCGGGGGCUGCACCGCGUGGUGGCCAACAUGCGCACCCACUUCCCCGACCUGCGCCUCAUCCAGUACGACUGCGGGAAGCUGCAGACGCUGGACGUGCUGCUGCGGCGCCUCAAGGCCGGCGCCCACCGGGUGCUGAUCUUCACCCAGAUGACGCGGAUGCUCGACGUCCUCGAGCAGUUCCUCACCUACCACGGCCACAUCUACCUGCGCCUCGACGGCAGCACCCGCGUGGAGCAGCGCCAGGCCCUCAUGGAGCGCUUCAACGCCGACAAGCGCAUCUUCUGCUUCAUCCUGUCGACCCGCAGCGGCGGCGUCGGCGUCAACCUGGCCGGCGCCGACACCGUCGUCUUCUACGACAGCGACUGGAACCCCACCAUGGACGCCCAGGCCCAGGACCGCUGCCACCGCAUCGGCCAGACCCGCGACGUCCACAUCUACCGGCUCAUCAGCGAGCGCACGGUGGAGGAGAACAUCCUCAAGAAGGCCAACCAGAAGCGCAUGCUGGGCGACAUGGCCAUCGAGGGCGGCAACUUCACCACCGCCUACUUCAAGCAGCAAACCAUCCGGGAGCUGUUCGACAUGGCGCCCGAGGAGCCGGGGCGGCGCGAGCGGGACGGCGAGCGGGACCGUGACAAGGACAAGGACAAGGACAGGGACCGGGACCGGGACAGGGACAGGGACGUCCCCGGGGACGAGGACGAGGACCCCGCCGCCACCCGGCGCACCCACAUCCUCGAGCAGGCGCUGUGCCGGGCCGAGGACCCCGAGGACAUCCGGGCGGCGACGCAGGCCAAGGCGGAGCAGGUGGCCGAGCUGGCCGAGUUCAACGAGAGCUUCCCGCCGGAGGACGAGCGCCCGCGCGACGACGACGACGAGCCCUCCCGCGCCGAGCAGGAGAUCGCCGCCCUCGUCGAGCAGCUGACGCCCAUCGAGCGCUACGCCAUGAACUUCCUGGAGGCGUCGCUGGAGGACGUGAGCCGCGAGGAGCUCAAGCAGGCCGAGGAGCAGGUGGAGGCGGCGCGCAAGGACAUCGACCAGGCCAAGGACGAGGUGGUCUUCCGGCUGCCGGCCGAGGAGGAGGAGGAGGAGGAGGAGGAGGAAGAAGAGGAGGAGGAAGAGGAGGAGGAAGAAGAGGAGGAAGAAGAGGAGGAGGAGGAGGAAGAGGAAGAGGAGGAGCAGCAGGAGGAGGAGGAGGAGGAGGAGGAGGAGGAAGAGCAGCGGGAGGAAGAGGAGGAGCCGCCCGCCGCCGCCGCCGCCGCCGCCGCCGAAGGCCCCGCCCCGCCCCGCCGCCCCCGCCCGCCCCGCCCGCCGCCCGAGCGUCCCGGCACCCGGGCCAGCGAACGGCUGCGCGGCGCCCGCCCGGCGUCACCGUCACCGCCGCCGCCGCCAACGCCGCCGCCAACACCCGCGGCCGAGGUACAACCGCCGCCGCAACCGCCGCCGCAACCGCCGCCGCAACCGCCGCCGGAGCCGCCCAAGGCGCCGGCGCGGCGCCGCACCAGCGCCGACGUGGCCAUCGGCCAAGGUGCCGGCGGCGGCGGCGGCGGCGGCCCCGGGCCGGCGGCCAAGGUGCUACGGAAGCUGCCGGGGCGGCUGGUGACGGUGGUGGAGGAGAAGACGCCGGCGCGGCGCCGCCCCCGCCGCCGCCGGGCCCCCAGCGGCAGCCGCAGCCCCUCGGAGGCCGAGGCCUCGCCGGGCGGCGGCGGGCCCAGGCGUCCCCGGCGCCGGCGGGCCCCGCCGCACCCUGAGGCGCCCAAGCGCAAGCGGGGGCGGCCCCCCAAGCGCCGCCCGGCCCCCCGGCGCCCCAAGGCCCGGCGCCCGCGGCGGCGGGGCCGCGCCGGCCGCCGGGGCCGCCCGGCUCGCGCCAACGCCGUGGCCUCGCCCGCCGCGGCGGUGACGACACCCAAACGCAAGCGGGGGCGGCCGCCCAAGCGGGUGACGCCGGCGCGGGGGUCGUCACCCGAAAGCAGCGCCUCGGAGGCGCCGGCCCGCUGCACCCGCCGCCGGCCCGGCGGGUUGUUGCCGCCGCUGGAGCGGGAGCCGGGCAGGCCGCGGCGGCGGUCGCGGUCGCAACACCCGGCGGCGGUUGUAGCGCCGCCCCGGGCGGCUCGGCGGCGGCCCCGCUCGCCGGCGUCUUCCUCGGCGCCUUCCAGCGAGGAGGAGGAGGAGGAGGAGGAGGAGGAGGAAGGGCGGCGGCGGCCCGCCAAGCGCCGCCGCCGCCGCCCGCCGCCCGCCGCCCGCCGCCGCCUCCGCAGCGCCGCCGCCCCGCCGGCCGCCAACACCCGCUCCACCGCCGCCGCCGGCGGUGCCCCCCCGCCGCCACCGCCGCCGCCAACACCCGGCCCCGACGGCGCCGCCGGCCGCGGCCGCAAGGCCAAGACGUGACCCCCAGCCGCCGCCUCCACCGCCCCCCGUUUCCCCCCAGCCGGUAAGGAAAUAACGAGGAAACACCCCAGAAAAGACCCCGCCCACCCCCCGGCUCGCCCGGACGGCGGAGGCGCAAGAUGGCCGCCCCGGCGCGCGGACGGCGGCGCCGGCGGAUGCUGACAGUGGCGGAGCCGGCUGACGCCGAAAUCGGCGGCUUUCGGCACCGGGUGACGUCGGAGCUGGGGGACAUCGAAGGCGGUGGGUGAUGGAGACGGGGAACAGCCGACCUGCGGGUGUUGGAGCUGGUGGACACCGAAACCUGGAGAUGUUGGAGCUGGUGGACACCAAAACCAGGAGUUGGAGCUGGUGGACACCAAAACUGGCAGUUUUCCACACUGGAAGAUGGCUGAUCUGGAGGACGUUGAAGCCAACGGUUGAUGGAGAUGAGAAAUGGCCGACCUGCGGGUGUUGGAGCUGGUGGACACCAAAACCAGGAGAUGUUGGAGCUGGCGAACACCAAAACUGGCAGUUUUCAGCACUGGAAGAUGCCUGAUCUGGAGGACGUUGAAGCCAACGGUUGAUAGAGACAGAAAAUGGCCAAUCUGUGGGUGUUGGAGCUGGUGGACACCAAAACCAGGAGAUGUUGGAGCUGGCGGACACCAAAACCGGCAGUUUUCCACACUGGAAGAUGGCUGAUCUGGAGGACGUUGAAGCCAACGGUUGGUGGAGAUGAGAAAUGGCCGACCUGCGGGUGUUGGAGCUGGUGGACACCAAAACCGGCAGAUGUUGGAGCUGGCGAACACCAAAACUGGCAGUUUUCAGCACUGGAAGAUGCCUGAUCUGGAGGACGUUGAAGCCAACGGUUGAUAGAGACAGAAAAUGGCCAAUCUGUGGGUGUUGGAGCUGGUGGACACCAAAACCAGGAGAUGUUGGAGCUGGCGGACACCAAAACCGGCAGUUUUCCACACUGGAAGAUGGCUGAUCUGGAGGACGUUGAAGCCAACGGUUGGUGGAGAUGAGAAAUGGCCGACCUGCGGGUGUUGGAGCUGGUGGACACCAAAACUGGCAGAUGUUGGAGCUGGCGAACACCAAAACUGGCAGUUUUCGGCACUGGAAGAUGGCUGAUCUGGAGGACAUUGAAGCCAACGGUUGGUGGAGACGGGAAACAGCCGACCUGCGGGUGUUGGAGCUGGCGGACACCAAAACCUGGAGAUGUUGGAACUGGUGGACACCAAAACCGGCAGUUUUCCACACUGAAAGAUGGCUGAUCUGGAGGACAUUGAAGCCAACGGUUGGUGGAGAUGGGAAGUGGCCGACCUGCGGGUGUUGGAGCUGGUGGACACCAAAACCGGCAGAUGUUGGAGCUGGUGGACACCAAAACUGGCAGUUUUCGGCACUGGAAGAUGGCUGAGCUGGAGGACAUUGAAGCCAACGGUUGGUGGAGAC